UGCGAGCCUCCCGGUGCCUUCAGGCCCUUAAGUAGGCUCCUGCUGGCAAGCCCGAGGAAUUCGCUGGCCCCAUGGGUCCCGUAAGCCCCCCGGCCGCCCCAGCCCCGCGUGUGGCCGUGCUUUGGCUUGCAGGGGGAUGCUGCUGGCAGGGUGUUGUGCAGGGCACAGGAGCUGUGUGACGGGUCUGUGUGGCGAGGUGGCGCUUGCCAGCAGCCGGAGACUGGACUUGGAGGAGCGGUGACCGUUCUAGAGCCGACAGGCUCAUCCCUGACCCCUGCUGCUGAACAUCAGGCUGGGUGAUGGCUGCCACGCCGGGGGCUGGAUCUGAGACCCACCCUGCUCCUGUGCUGUGGGCCCUGGGCUGUCGUUAGUGAGGAGCCACAGGUGCUCCCUGCUUGUUCGAGCUGAGCUGAGCUGAGCUUGUAUGUGUGGCUUGCAGAUGAGAAUCCCUUGUUUGCUGUGGUGGUGCUUUGAGGAAGAAGUCUCCACUUGUGCUACCUUGAUAAGCAUCCUGGAGCUUAGUGCUGGCAGCCAGCUGCCUGCCUGUCCCUGCAGUGCUGGCUGAGGUCCUAGGUGGAUGAGCUCGAGCAGAGCAGUGGGGACAGGGCAGCAGUCAGAGCCGUGCCCUCCCUGUGGUGCUUCAGGGCAGUGCCUCCAUGCACAGCAUCCACGGCCCUCGGAGGUGCGAAGCCCUCAGGGCCGUGGCCCUGGCUGGAACGCGGUGUGGGAGCACUUCCCGGGAGCACUGAGAUCAGCGGGUGCGGCCAGGAUUCCUCGGCUCCCGCAGGAGCUGUCUGGCAGCUGAUAUAUGUUAUGUUAUUGCCGGGUGCGUUGUGUUGCCCCAGCAACUGCAGCGCGGCCUCUGCGGCCCCCCCUCAGGUGGGACGGGCGGCAGGAGCAUCCCCCUGCUCCCUGUGGGGACCUUGUGUUACCUUCGGGGUUCCCUGGGCACUCUGCUUUUCUGCUCCUUGCUGCUCUGAGCUACCUGGGUGUGCUGCCUUCAUCUCCUGUGUUUAUUCCAUCUCUGCCCACAUCCGAGUCUUGCGCUGAACCCAGGCCCUGGCGCUGUGGGGCAGCUCCAGGCGGGAGGCAGCAGCAGGGAGCAGCCUCCCCCGCUGGGCCCCGAGCUGCUCUGAGCUCCUUCCCCCCCGCUCCGUGCUGCAGACGCACUUCCCCCUUCCCCAGCUGCGAGAGGAAAGGCUGUUGUUUGCAUGUUUGCUGGGGCAGAGGGUGUGGGAAGGGGUGAGAGCACUUUAAGUGUGUUAGCAGAUGGGGAAGGAGCAGGCAGCCAAGUUGGAUGGAGGUUGUGGACGCUGCGUGCUCACCCGUUAGCUCAGCCGUGCGGCUUCCUCCCUGACUCAUCCGAGCAGCUGGGCGGGGGGAAAGGCCACACUGCAGGACACGAUGCGCUGGGCCCAUCUGCGACAAGGGGCUCCUCCUGGCUUCCCCAGGAUGGGGGGGAGGGCAGCAGAGGUACCCCGUGCCUGCCCCCUUUCGUGGCGCUCUCAGGCACUGCUGGCACUGCAGGAGGCAGCGGGGGACAGGCAGAGCGCAGUGCGUCCACACAGCGCUGUGUGAGCGUGCCCCUGCUGUUCCCUGGCCGUGUCCCCACCAGCCAAGCUCUGUGCUGCUCCGGCACGCAGCUAGGCAGGCUUUGGCCACUGAACCGGCUGGCGGCUGGCGUCCAGCCCCACGGACAGGGCACAGGGCAGGUGGUGCUGUGCUGUGGCUGGGUCUUGGUGGGAGCAGCAGGGUGCCCCAUACCGUGGGGCCUCCGGGCAGGAAGGGCUCAGCCCUGCUGUGUUCCCAGGCUGUGGAUGGCCAGGUGCUGGGGCUCCCCAUGCCCCUGUAAGCGAGUGGUGGGGGGCAGCAUCACCCUGCAGCCUGCGUUGUGGUGGGGCUGAGCGGGAGUGGGCAUUGAGGGGCCACAGGGCUGGGCAUCCUCCCAGGUGAGGCCCCUGCCCUGCCCGGAGAAGAAAGGGGCUUUUGUCUUCCCUCAGCUUCAGGAGUCACGGAGGGAGCCGCCAGCCCGCGAGCGGCCCUGCACGCAGGGGGCAUGGGGACUGCUUGCUAUUUGACAGUAACUGAGCCCGACCCCUUGGCAUUUGCUGCCUUUGCCUCUUCCCACGGCAGGAACAAGCAGCGUGUUUUGCAGGCUGCAGCGAGAGAAGAAAGGCAGCCUUGUCCGCACCAGAGGUGGGGCGCCGGCCAGGGCGGCCACGCUCCCGCCCCGCAUUCCUCUGACAGAGCCUGCUUGUGCAGGGCUGUGCAGGGGAGCCAGGACACGGGGGCUGCUGCGGGCGCCCUGCUGCACCCAACAGUCCGGGGACUGGCAGGCAUCUCCAGCACAAGGAAGCGGUGAGGAGCAGCCCGUGCCUGGUAUCGCCAGGUGCCUGCGUGCAGGCACCAUGGAAGCAUCCAGCAGGACCGUCGCCAGCCCAACCCGCAGGGUCCAGACCAUCAUCCAGAACAGCCCCCUGGACCUGAUAGACACAGGCAAAGGGCUGAAGGUGCAGACGGAGAAGCCACACUUGGUGAGCCUGGGCAGCGGCCGUCUCAGCACUGCCAUCACGCUGCUGCCCCUGGAGGAAGGGAGGACCACGAUUGGCACGGCUGCGAAGGACAUUGUCCUUCAGGGCCCUGGGCUGGCACCUGAGCACUGCUACAUCGAGAACGCACGGGGGACGCUCACCCUGCACCCCUGUGGCAAUGCCUGCACCAUCGAUGGAGUGAAGAUCCAGCGGCCCACGCGCCUCACCCAAGGUUGCACCAUCUGCCUGGGCCAGGCGACCUUCCUGCGCUUCAACCAUCCUGCUGAAGCCAAGUGGAUGAAGAGCAUGAUCCCGGCAGGGGGCAGGAGCCCCGCAGCCAUCUAUGGAGUGCCAGCAAAGCCCGAGGCCCUGGUGAACGGCAGCCGCCAGCUGCCCCUGCACGAGCUGGCGGCGGGGGAGUGCGCCCAGCCCAGCCACAGCUCCCUGGUGAGCUCCAUCGAGAAGGACCUGCAGGACAUCAUGGACUCACUGGUGCUGGAGGAGCCGGCGUCCCCUGGCAAGAAGCCGUCUCCCCGCGGCCAGUCCCCACUGUGCUCCAUGGUGAAUGGGGGUGGGCGCUGCCUCCUGUCCCCCCCGCUGAGCCCCGGCGCCACCUCGGGGGGCUCCAGCUAUGAGAACGCCUCCCCGCCCUUCUCACCGCUCUCCUCGCCCACCAGCAGCGGUGGCUAUGCCAGCCAUUCACCCAGCAGCCAGGAGCAGGGGCCGGCCAUGCCCCCUGUCGUGCCACUCCGCUCCUCCAGCUACAACCACACCGUGCAGCCCCCCCCGCAGCGCCUGCCGGCACUGCCCUACGGGGGCCACAGCGAGACGCGGCCAGCAGAGAGCCCCCGCGCUUGGCAGGCUGUCCCGGACAGCCCCGCGGCCCCCAUCUCCAUCGGCCUCGGGGAGCACAGGGCAGGCAGCCCCCGCGCCCAGCCAUCUGGGAGCCCCCGCCUGGCCCCCAGGACCCUGGGCUCCUCGGUGCCGCGGGCACGGGCAGCCCUGCAGGAGCGGCCCCCCAGCCCCUUCAGGGAGCCGAGGGACCCCCUAGCCCCCAGCCCUGUCCGGCAGCCCGCAGCCAGGGUUCUCCCAGACGCUGCAGGGCCAGCACAUGGCAGCCAGAGCAGCCGUGGGCUGCAGCCCCCCGAGAGCCCACGGGCAGCCCGGAGGACUGUGGAGAGCAUGCGGGAGCUGCCUCCACUGAGCCCCUCCUUGUCGCGCAGGGCUGCCAGCCCCCGGGCAGCCCCGGAUGCCCCCUCCCCACAGCCCCGGCUGGGCAGAGAGGUUCCUGGGAGCCCCCGCACCAGGCGCAAGGGCCACGACGAGCCGAGCCCCGCAGCAGGGAGGAGCAGCAGGGCUGGGAGCCCCUCGUCUCCGCUGUUGGCAGAGCCAGCCCCGCGCCGCCCCAGCUUUGGCUCCUGCCUGAGCCCUGCAUACAGCCUGGGCUCCCUGGCCAUGCCCUCGCCCCGGCAGAGCCCCCGUGCCCAGCGGAAGCUAUCGGGGGACAUGCGGCUGCCAGCGGGUGUGCGGGAACGCAAGAACAGCAUCACCGAGAUCAGCGACAACGAAGACGACCUGCUGGAGUACCACCGGCGGCAGCGCGAGGAGCGGAUGCGGGAGCAGGAGAUGGAGCGCCUGGAGCGGCAGCGCCUGGAGACUAUCCUGAAUCUCUGUGCCGAGUACACCAAGACGGAUGGCGCGGAGCUGGGUGAUGCACCCCGGCUCCUGGCUGGGGAUGUGGAUGCUGGCCGGCAGGCGCCCAGGGGCGCUGGCACCACAGGGCUGGGCUGUGCCCCGGAGGAGCUGGGCGUGCUGCGGCAGAGGGAGAGCCUGGAGAGGUCGGAUGAGGAGAACCUGAAAGAAGAGUGUAGCAGCACUGAGAGCACCCACCACGAGCAUGAGGAGCUGGUGGGCCCCCGGGCCAAGGAGGCACACCGGCUGGAGGAGGAGCGAGCCUGCGUGCUCAGUCGCCUGGACGAGCUGAAAGGCCAUGUCAAGGACCUGGAGCAACAGCUGCAGGAGAUGUUGCGAGAGGCGGAGAUUGAACGGGCUCUGCUGCAGGGCGAGCGGGAGUCGGAGGCGGUGCGGCUGCAGCAGGAGCAGGAGGUGGUGCAGCAGCUGCAGGAGAAGCUCUCCAGCCUGGACGCCAGCAUCCAGAAGGAGCGGGACAAGGAAAGGGCAAAGGUUGAUGCUGAAAGGAAGGAGCUAGAGAAACUCCGGGCGCUUUACAAUGAGUCGAAGAGCCACCUUGAUAACUGCCCUGAGUCUAUGCGGGAGCAGUUGCGGGAGCAGAUGCGAAGGGAAGCAGAGGCCCUGGAGACAGAGACCAAGCUGUUUGAGGACCUGGAGUUCCAGCAGCUGGAGAGGGAGAGCCGGCUCGAGGAGGAGCGUGAGACACAGAGCCAGCAGCUGCUGCAGAGCAGGGCUGAGUACCAUCGCAGCAUUGCCCACAGGAAGGACCGGGUGGCUGCCCUGGAUGCUCAGGCUGCCCAGAUCCAUCUGCAGAGCGCCCAGGAGGCUGAACGCCUGGCCAAGGAGAGGAACAACAUCCUGCAGCUCCUGCAGAAGGAGAACGAGAAGCUUGUGUCUCUGGAGAGGCGAUACCAGCUCGUCACAGGUGGCAGGAGCUUCCCCAAGAUGUCAUCAGCACUCAAAGAGGAAACCCUCCAAAUCUCAGAGCCUUAUGAGCUGUUAGAGGGAACUAAGCCCCUGAGCCCCCUGCCAGGAGCAGCUGCCUCCUUAGCUUCUCCUUCUGCCCACUCCUACCCCAAGACACAAGAGGAGUACAUGAGGCUGUCUGACGUUUUCAGGUUCUACAGCAAUGCAUAUGGCUCCAGCCUGGACACUAAAGCUUCUGCUGCUGCCCCUGCUGCUGCUCAGCGCUCUUUCUUGCUUGCUGUACCCUCUGCAGCCAACGAGUACGUGACCGUUGAGCAGCUCUCGGGGAUCUUGUGCAGCGUCUGUGCCCCUGCCGCUUCCCCGCUGGGCCGUGCCCCUCCAGCUUCUUCAUCCCCAGGCUGCGGUCCUCCUCCUCCUGUGCUGGCUCUCUCUUCUCCCUCCAUCUCUGCAGAGAUGGAGAAGCAGCUUCCAGGGGGCCCAGCGUGGCUCCCGCCUCUUGAUUUAGAGAAGUGGUACCAGGAGGUCAUGGCUGGCUUUGAGACCUCCUCCUCCCCUCUCUCUCCUUGUUCUUCCCCUCCUCCACUUCCAGCUAAAGCUCACUCUUCUCAAAAGUCUCUCCAGGUCUAUCGUGCCAAAAUGGAGGGCGACACCGGUGCGCUCCCCCCUCGGAUGAAGAGCAGCACCCCGUCAUCCUCGCAGCUCAAUAUCUCCAUGCUGGGGCGCAGCCCCUCACCCAAGGGCCCCCCGCACGCCCAGAGCCACGCAGGCAGCUUGCCACGCAACCUGGCGGCCAUGUUGCAGGACAUUGAGACCAAGCGCCAGCUGGCCCUGCAGCAGAAGGCCGACCCACUCUCAGCAGAGCCCUUGCAGCCAGGCGAUGUACCAGGUCAGCAGGUGAUCGAGGAGCAGAAGCGGCGCCUGGCAGAGCUGAAGCAGAAAGCGGCAGCUGAGGCUCAGUCACAGUGGGAAGCCCUGCACGGGCAACCUCCCUUCCCCACCUCCUACCCCCCACUCAUGCAUCACUCCAUCCUCCAUCACCACCAUGCCCACAGCGUGGGGCCCCGGGCUGAGGAGCUGGACCACGCGUAUGACACCCUCAGCCUGGAGAGCUCGGACAGCAUGGAGACCAGCAUCUCCACAGGCAACAACUCGGCCUGCUCACCCGAUAACAUGUCCAGCACAAGCGGGAUGGACACUGGAAAGAUCGAGGAGAUGGAGAAGAUGCUGAAGGAGGCGCACGCCGAGAAGUCGCGGCUCAUGGAGUCCCGGGAACGGGAGAUGGAGCUGCGGCGGCAGGCGCUGGAGGAUGAGCGCCGGCGCCGGGAGCAGCUGGAGCGCCGGCUGCAGGACGAGACCACGCGCCGGCAGAAGCUAGUGGAGAAGGAGGUCAAGCUGCGGGAGAAGCACUUCUCACAGGCUCGACCCCUGACACGGUACCUCCCCAUCCGCAAGGAGGAUUUUGACCUGCGGCUGCACAUCGAGUCCUCAGGACACAGCGUGGACACCUGCUACCAUGUCAUCCUGACGGAGAAGAUGUGCAAGGGCUACCUGGUUAAGAUGGGGGGCAAGAUAAAGUCUUGGAAGAAACGCUGGUUUGUCUUCGACCGGAUGAAGCGCACAGUCUCCUACUAUGUGGAUAAACACGAGACAAAGCUGAAGGGCGUCAUCUACUUUCAAGCCAUCGAAGAGGUUUACUACGACCACCUCCGCAGCGCUGCUAAGAGCCCCAACCCGGCGCUGACGUUCUGCGUGAAGACCCACGACCGCCUGUACUAUGUGGUGGCCCCGUCGGCCGAGGCCAUGCGCAUCUGGAUGGACGUCAUCGUGACGGGGGCCGAGGGCUACACGCAGUUCAUGAGCUGAGGGACGGGGGGUGCUGGGGGCUGCGGGCCCGCGAGGCGCUGGAGCUGUGUUUGUUUGUUUUGUUGUUUGUUUUUUAACGUUGACUUUUUAAAAAC